AUGAAAUUAAAACUGUAACUUGAAACUUUAAAAUGAACCUGAAACUGUAACUUAAUUCUUACUCAUUAAUUUCCUUGUCCAAAUUAUAAGUCUUACAAUUUCCGAAAACAUGAAAAAAGGUGCAUCAAAGAAACAUGUUACCACAUCCAAACAAAACCUUUAUGAAAAACCAUAUGGAUUCUGUUGCGAUAUCAAAGAAGAUGCUCCGAGAUCAUUGUCCAAACAGCGAAUUUAUAUGCCACCAUUCCUUUCAACCGGUAAACCUAAUGAAGGUCCUGAUAUUAAAUUUCGCAUUCACGAAGAGGAUGUUACAUCUGCCGCUCUACGUGCUGCUCAAAGAAGUGGACAAAGAGGUCGAAGAAGUUCAAAGAGACAACCCUUUGGAAUUGGAAUUGGACUACCAGGUAUGAGGUACGGUGGACAUCGACAACGUGGAGGUGCAAAUAAUUCAAGAACCGAUUUGGGAGAAACUGUUCCUGAACGAAUGGUAUGUCAACGAUGCAGAGGACCAUUACAAUGGUAUCUGGAAGAUGAAAUAGCCGUUGCUCGCGACUUCAUGAUAAAUAGAAGAAUAGAAGACUAUAAUGCUGAAAUGGAUAGAAACGUAAAAAUCGCUAAAAAAAAAGAAAAACAUAGAAGACAACGUAAGACAGUAAAAAAGAAACAAAGCGAAGAGAAAGAAGAAUCAUAUGAAAACGAAGAAAAAACUUAGAAAAAAUAUUAAGUCUAUGAAAUUUUACUGUUAUUUAAAUAAAAUAUAAUUUUUUCAAUUAAGAUACUUCUCUUUGUUCGUUGUACUGUAUUUAGCAUUGAACAUUUUUGAACUCGUAUUAGAAAAUAUAUAGUUUAUUCGAAUAGAAAUGUUUACAUAAUCUCAUGUUGAAGAACGCAAUACUGUGAAUAUGCUACUCAAAAGUUUUAUAUGAUAAAGUUUCGUAGCGCUAAAAAUUUUUAUAAAGCUACAACGCACGCAUAUAUGUAUGUAUGUUUAUAUAUAAGUAUUUAAUGAAGAAUAAACGGAACUAACAUUGUCGUGUCUAUUCGCAAAAGUAACACUUUUAUGUAGCCGGUUUCUAUCAUUCUUGUUUUCUUCUUCUUCGAAGAGAGUACAUAAUUGUUUUUCUUUGUUAUAUUCGUUCAAUAAAAUUAUUUACAGACGUUAGGUACUAUUUUAUAGGAGUAUGAUUCAUCAAUACUCAAGGAACGGAAAAUGAAAAGCUGUGAGAAUUUGCAAAAAUUUAUAUUGUCAUCAUAAAUUAUUAGAAAAAAUUAUACAUGCUUGGACGCGACAAUAAUUUGUCAUGAGACUUACCGGCAUUAUAAAAAGAAAAGUUUUAUUUUUGUUUAUAAAAUUUUGCAUAAGUGAGUAAUACAUAGUUAUUUGUUGAAGUUUUGUAACAUAGUCCGUUUCUUGAGCACUAACACUGACAUACAAUGUGUGUUCAGUAUGUUAAGAUAGUACAAAAGUAAUAACUAGAAGACAAUUGCGAAUCUUAUCACAAUAUUGCAAUAAAGUCUCAUGGAAAAAAUAUCGCAUUAUUAGUUAACAAUAUCACUAU